CACCCCAACUCUCAAAGGACAAUGACUUCAGAGAAUCACUCUAUAGUGACUGAAUUUAUCAUUAUGGGAUUAAGUAACCAGCCAGAACUCCAACUCCCCCUCUUUAUCCUGUUCUUAGGAAUCUACAAUGUCUCCAUGGUGGGGAAUUCAGUAUUGAUUCUACUAGCCAGAAUCAGUUCUCAGCUUCACACCCCCAUGUAUUAUUUUCUCAGUAACUUGUCCUUCAUAGCUUUCUGUUACUCUUCUGUCAUUACCCACAAAAUGUUGAUGAACUUUGUAUCAAAGAAAGACAUCAUCUCCUACUCAGGGUGCUUGACCCAGUUCUUUUUCUUAUGUUCUUUUGCUGUUUCAGAGUGCUACAUGCUGACAGCUAUGGCCUAUGAUUGUUAUGUUGCUAUAUGUAGCCCCCUGCUCUAUUAUAGCACCAUGUCCCAAAGAGUCUGCUCCCUGCUGGUGUCAGGGGUAUAUACAAUGGGCACUUUUUCAGGCCUGAUUCAAACAGCCUACUUGGCCAGAUUGCUUUUCUGUGAGGACAAUGUCAUCAGCAAUUACUUCUGUGACGUCCUUCCCCUCCUGAAGCUCUCCUGCUCUAGCACUUACAUCAAUGAGCUUCUGAUGAUGUUUCUUGUUGGUUUCCAUUCAUUGGUGACCAUACUACCGAUUUUUAUCUCUUAUGCUUUUAUUUUCUCCAGCAUCCUUGGUAUCCACACUGCAAAAGGGCAAUCCAAAGCCUUCAGUACCUGUGGCUCCCAUCUAGCAGGUGUUAUCAUAUUUUAUGGGUCCAUUAUUUUCACGUAUUAUAAGCCAGUGUCUAGUUACAAUGUAAUCCAGGAAAAGGUGGCUUCAGUGAUUUAUACUAUGGUUAUCCCCAUGCUGAAUCCCCUGAUCUACAGUCUGAGGAACAAGGAUGUGAAGGACUCACUGAAGAAAGUUAUGAAAGGUGAGGCACUGCAAUAA